AUGGAAGUAAACGAGGCGAAAGAAGUGUGCGAGUCCGCAACGUACAACCACAACAGCCAAGUGAGAGGCCUAGCCAUUUCCAACGGAGUGCUCUACACGUGCACAGACCACUAUAUAUACGCGUGGCAAGACAAAAGUCCAACUCUUCUUGCAAUGUUUAGACUCCCCCCGAAGGCGGAGGGAAACUCGCAGCGCCUCCUGCAGGAUGUUUGCACUCUGCCCUCCAGCUGGGAGCACUUUGCAUCGAACCAUGCAGGAACAGUGCACAUAUUUGCCCCGAAAAGCUACUACAAAAUCACGCCAAAAUACGUGCACUGCACCGUCUCUAGUCUCUUCAUUCCGUCCUGCUGCACAGAAUUUGGGCCUUUCGCCGUGGAGGAUGGGACGCUGUACUUCUACUCCGAGGAGAGGCAGAGGAUUCUAGACCUCCCAGAGGGUGACACGUGCACCCGCCUCAAAUACAUCAGCGGCGAUCUUUUUCUGGGCAUGGAUUCGGGGCGCAUUUACUCCGUGCUCUUCCACCGGAGGGAAAUCGCGCCGGAAGUAGCCUCGGAAAUGGGCCAAGCAGGGAUUCCACUCGGUGAAAGUGCCUUCUGUGCGCUGGAGGCGUCUCUCUACGCGGGGACUCUGCGGGUUUUUGUGGACGGGUCGUGGCCUGUCCUGGACUUCCACCCGAAGCCCCUUCUCGUCUCGUACUUUGGGAGAAAACUGCACGCCCCCUCUCUGGGAUGCGCAGAAAAAAGGCAAGUUUUAAGCAUUAUGAGUGUUGACUCUCUCUUUAUUCUUUUCACUCGUGCGAGUGUUUUAAUAUUUAAUGAAUCCCUCCACAGGCUUGGGACAUGCCCAGUGAAGGGAGAGGGCAUUUCUCACGUGGAGAGAGUCUUUAUGUCACAGGACACAGGCAUGCUUAGUGAGCUUUCUGUGCUACUUUGA